AUGAAGAUGUCUUACUCUUCUCAAACCCUAAUAUUCGUGGCUAUAGCUCUUGUCCUAGCUUUUGCAGUUCCUCUGAAAGCUCAAGACUCGCAACAAGACUACCUCGAUGAACACAACCGGGCUCGUGCCGCGGUUGGCGUGGCUCCACUAAAAUGGAAUGGGGUAUUGGCGGAAUACGCUCGACAAUAUGCUUUGAGCAGGAAAGGAGACUGUCGUCUCGUUCACUCAGGCGGGCCUUACGGUGAAAACUUGGCUUGGAGCAGUGGUGAUUUGUCGGGAGCUGACGCAGUGAGAUUGUGGGUUAACGAGAAGUCUGACUACUUCUAUGACUCGAACUCAUGUCGUCCUGGAAAAGUAUGUGGUCACUAUACUCAGGUUGUGUGGAAAAACACUGAGUGGGUUGGGUGUGCAAAACUCAAGUGUGACAAUGGUGGAACCUUCAUCAUUUGCAGUUAUCAUCGUCCUGGUAAUGUUAUUGGUAGUAGGCCUUUCUAA